AAACACAAAUGCACAAAUCCAAUGAAAGAUUCCAAGCAUAAUCACAUUAGCAAGAAAACAGAUUAGAACUGUACCUCAAUCUUUUGUUAUAUAUCUCAUACUUCACUGAAAGUUUCUUUGUAAUAGAGAUAUGGAGAAUUCCGACAGCAAUCGAACGGUGAUGCCCGUUUCGUACGAGCCCAACAAACCUGUCUCGGAAAAGGCCACACUUGAAAAAACAGAAGAAGAGGUGAAUGAUUCUCCUAUUGAAGAAGUCCGUCUCACCGUACCGAUAACAGACGAUCGUACGCUCCCCUGUUUGACAUUUCGGACAUGGAUUCUCGGAAUAAUAUCAUGUGCAGCUCUUGCAUUCUUGAACCAAUUCUUCGGUUAUCGCCAAAAUGCCCUCUCGAUUACGUCGGUCUCGGCCCAAAUUCUAGUCCUGCCCUUGGGAAAGCUCAUGGCUGCAUCCCUGCCAACAAAGCAAAUAAAAUUCCCAGGGACAAAAUGGUCAUUCUCACUCAAUCCAGGUCCGUUCAACUUGAAGGAGCACUGCCUUAUCACCAUAUUCGCAAACGCAGGCUCAACUUCGGUUUACGCAGUGAACAUCGUCACCAUUAUCAAGGCCUUUUACCAUCGAAAACUCAACCCUGUACCUGCAAUGCUGCUAACACUUAGUACACAGAUGCUCGGGUACGGAUGGGCUGGAAUCUUCCGGAAGUUUCUAGUCGACUCGCCAUACAUGUGGUGGCCAUCGAAUCUUGUUCAAGUUUCCCUCUUCAGAGCACUGCAUGAAAACGAAACUAGACGAAAAGGAGGCCUCACAAGGCUCCAGUUCUUCAUAGUGGUCCUCAUUUCGAGCUUCUCUUAUUACAUAGUACCAAACUAUCUUUUUCCAUCGAUUACCGCUCUUUCAUUCGUUUGCUGGAUAUGGCGAGAUUCUGUUACUGCACAACAAUUAGGAGCCGGGGUCCACGGGCUAGGAAUCGGCUCCUUCGCGUUCGAUUGGUCAACUGUAGCUGGUUUUCUUGGCAGCCCUUUAGCCACACCCGGAUUCGCCAUAGUCAAUAUGUUGGUUGGUUUCAUAUUGGUUCUUUACGUGGUGACACCAAUCGCCUAUUGGAACAACUUUUACGACGCACGAAAAUUUCCCAUCUUUUCUUCCCAUGUCUUUGAUGCUAGCGGGGCACCGUACAAUAUAUCAGCCAUACUAAACGAGAAAGCUUUCGAUUUUAAUCGCGAGGCGUAUGAUAACUACAGUAAGGUGAAUCUCAGCAUAAUAUUCGUGCUGGUCUACGGUUUGAGCUUCGCGACUUUGGCUGCUACGGUAUCCCACGUGGCCCUCUUUCAUGGAAGAACAAUUUGUAAGCAGAUGAAGGCGUCGUUUCAAGACAAGUUUGGAGAUGUCCAUACUAGGUUGAUGAGGAAGAAUUACGAACCUGUCCCUCAGUGGUGGUUCCACAGUAUUCUGAUUUUCGUAAUUGCGGUUUCGUUGUUUGCUUGUGAGGGUUUUGGAAGGCAAUUGCAGCUUCCUUAUUGGGGUGUCCUUUUAGCUAUGGCUUUAGCUUUCAUUUUCACACUACCUGUCGGUGUUAUUACAGCCACCACUAACCAGCAAGCAGGAUUGAACGUAAUUUCGGAGAUGAUCAUUGGUUACAUGUACCCUGGAAAACCACUAGCAAAUAUAGUUUUCAAAACCUACGGCACGAUAAGCAUGUCGCAAGCGAUUACGUUUCUUUCGGAUUUCAAGCUAGGCCAUUACAUGAAGAUCCCCCCAAAAUCCAUGUUCCUCGUUCAGGUCGUGGGAACGGUAGUUUCUUCCCUGGUGUACUUCGGCACGGCAUGGUGGCUGCUCACCAGUAUAGAAUACAUCUGCAACCCAGCAAAGCUGCCCGCGGGCAGCCCCUGGACCUGCCCGGGCGACGACGUUUUCUACAACGCAUCAAUAAUCUGGGGUGUGGUGGGCCCGCUCCGUAUGUUCGGGAAACUCGGGCUGUACCCUGGCAUGAAUUACUUCUUUCUAUUCGGGCUUUUGGCACCGGUGCCGGUCUGGUACUUUUCGAGAAAGUACCCGGAGAAGAAGUGGAUUCGGAUGAUAAACGCUCCGAUUCUGAUUUCUGGGGCGGGGGGUUUGCCGCUGGCGAAAUCUGUGAACUAUAUGUGCUGGUUUAGUGUGGGGUUGUUCUUUAAUUUGUAUGUUUACAAGAGGUUUAAGGGUUGGUGGGCCAGGCAUAAUUACCUUCUGUCGGCUGGAUUGGAUGCCGGAGUUGCGUUUAUGGCGACACUGUGUUAUUUCACUUUGCAGUUUAAUGGGAUUGAUGGGCCGAGUUGGUGGGGUUUGGCGGUGGAUGAUCACUGCCCGUUGGCCAAGUGCCCCACGGCGCGUGGGAUAGUUGUUCAUGGAUGCCCUGUUGUUCAGUGAUUUCUUCUACUGGUUUCCCACUUCACAAUUACUACACGCAAAUUAAACAAGUAAAUGUUGUUUGACGAUAUUAUUAUCACUGUAAUGAAAAACUGUUACACAUAUAUUUUUGAAUAGGAAUUAUUAGUCGAACAACUUAUGGUUCAUACAUUGAAUUGUCCAUUCUG